GCCGGGUAUAACUAUACUGCGAGCCAAAACAGAUACUUUAAGCGCUGCUCUGUGUCAAGAGUUGCAACACAGCUGGACACUUUUAUAUUCUUUUGGUAAGCUUACAAUACCAAUCACCCAAUAUGUCACACGCUGCAAACAAUCCGUUCCUGGAGGCGGCAGAGGAGCAAAUCGUUGCUCAUGCGACGGGAGCAGCUUAUGUUCGUCCUCCUGUCCCUGUUCCUAGUAACCUUCCACAAAUCAACCUUAACGAUGUAUUUACACCGAUAACGGCAGACAAGUCUGGCUCCUUACCCCCAGUCAGCCCGGCUUCGUUACCUGGAACCUACUUCAAUGCCUCCCAUACCCUAAAUUCCAGCUUCCCAGCCUUGCAGCCUGUCAAAUCAGGGUAUAGCUCCAAUGGUCUGCCACAGCAGUUUUCCGGCGGCAACCUGCCGGGUGGUCAAUCGCCUGGAACCAAUCCUAGCGGAAUGGGUCUUACACCUACCAUCUCUCCCCCAACCAAGAUUAACUACGAUGCGAUCAUGAACAUGUUGCCGCAGGAAGAUAUCAGCUGGAUGCCCGAACAGGGUAGUGCUGAGGUAAGUGGUGCUUAUAGUAUGUUGAAUGCUUCUGUGCCAAGUCCUCUAGCAGAGCAAGCUAUCUCACAAGCCCAAUCGCCAGUCAGAAGCCACAUGUCAGGUACUUCCAGCAGCUGUGAGCGGAAUGAGAGUGCGCCAGGUGGAGCCUUGAAUCCAUUCUCGGGGAUGACUCAGAAUACUUAUGCUUCUUCGAAUAUCACCGGAAAUGAUACAUUUCAGGAUGCUUUGCAUGUUCCCGCACGGAAUAGCCCCUCCGGAGGCUCGACCACAUUUAGAAUUCCUGUCAACCUUACAGGCACACCUGGGAGCCAGAAUACCCUCGUUGCCGCCAAUGUUACAGGGAAUCCUGCGAUGACUCCGGACACUUUUAUUCCUGCGACUGUCACCGGAAGCUUGGGUGCGCAUUCAUCCAUCCCCGUCAACACCACGGGAGCUUCCAACAUGGCUCAAGAUACGUUCAGUAUUGCAUCCAACACUACUGGUGCGUCUAGUAUGUCCCAGAACAUAUCCGGUACUACUUCCUUUGCCACUGGAACUUUUAAUACCUACGUGCCUCCUGCUACUAUAGAUCACUCAGCACCCCAGCCUCUGCCACAAAUCCCAGUGCUCAACCACCAGCCCUCGGAUAACCCGUCUACCGGUGGCGUUGAAGUCCCAAUUCUGAGUCAGUUUCCGCAGGCCGGACCAGAUACAUCUCAUAAUUCCCUUGGAAAUUCCUCCUCGUCCCCCGUAACGACUCACACUGAAUCCCCCGUCUCUGUACCCUCAGUGGCCUCCGUAGGCAAUCCAAUACCACAGAAUCCCUCCGGAGGUUUACCUUGGGACACAUAUGAAUCGGAUAUGGCAAUGGCAAUUGCCCUUUCUUUGGAAGAGUCUGGUGACAGGCCUACUCCUCCACUUCCUGUUCGGUCUCAGCCAACGCAAGUCCGGACACUGGCUCCUAUUCCAACUCCUCUGCCUGAACCUACCCGAACGCAGACCGUGCACGUGAUUCCUGACUACGACAAUAACCACGAUGAUGCUCCACCGCCCCCAUACUCAGCCCCCGACCCAGAACAGGCUGCUAGUAUCUUCACCCCGCAUUACAGUAGCACUGGCGGGGCAAGUAGCUCCUUCUCUCGCCCUAUGGCUGCUCCCGCCCUUCCCCGUCGCCCUCCUACUGAUACACCAAACUUCUCGCGCCCCCCUGGGCCUCUGACCUCUCUACCACCUAGAAGCAGAUUAUCUGCUCCGCCUCAUAUACCAACUCACCCUGUGACCUACUCAAGGCCUGCUGGCCCCCCACCGGGGAUGCAACGUGGUGUUCUUCCGCAGAGGACAGCGAACAAGUACCCAGGGAACUCUCAGGUGACUUACGAUGCUACAAGAACGAAUGGGAAUAGCUCGAACACCGCUUUCCAGGGUCUGUAUGGGCGAUCUAACCCCCCACCACGUUAACCUAUCACGUAGGUACUGUCCCUGAUAACAGUGACUGUUUGAACAGAGGUUUUAUGGUCAAACAAUUUAUGUGUUACAGCCACAAUGUUUAGGUUAGAUGAAAUGUCCUUGCCCUUUUAGUUGAUAAUAGGGAAUGACGUUCAUGUCCGAGAAAUAUCUAAACAUGGUUUAACGCGUAUAGUGAUAAAUGUAUGCUUUUACAAAAAAAUAGGAUACGUGUGGCUUUACAGAGUCGUGGUGCGGCCUCAAAUGAGAUAUAUCAAAGGGAGAGGGCACAUGAUUGCCGUAAGCUCUUGUAUCUUUGCAAAAAUUCAAGUAAAAUAUUGCAAAUCAAUAGGCAUUAUUCAUUUAUUUAUAGUCAUAUCUGUCAAUCAGAAUUUGU